GGUCGAUGUAAGUGGAACUGGUUGCAAUGUUGCAUCAUGGGUUGCGUCCGGAUACACCGCGUCAUUGACGGCAACAUGAAUAUUUAUAUUUUUAUAGAUAAGAGUCCAAGAAAUUUGUGUUUUACGGCAAGGUUUGCCGUAAAACCAUGCCGUAAUUGGAGCAGGUUUGCAUGGCGUCAUGGCUUGCGUCCGGAUACAAACAAAGAGAAAUGGUGUUUUAUAAGAAGUCAGUGUGAAGAGGGACAGAAUGAUUGGUGAAGCAGAAAAGGUACCAAGGAGAAAGAAUGAGUGUUGGAGCAGAGAAGGUAGUGUGCGUAACCGGUGCGUCCGGAUACAUUGCGUCGUGGCUGGUGAAACUCUUGCUCCAACGCGGAUACACUGUCAAUGCCUCUGUUCGUGACCCAAAUGACCCAAAGAAGACAGAACACUUGCUUAUGCUGGAUGGAGCUAAGGAAAGACUUCAUUUGUUCAAAGCAGACAUACUGGAAGAAGGAUCGUUUGAUUCCCUGGUUGAUGGAUGUGAGGGCGUUUUUCAUACAGCCAGUCCUGUUUAUCUCAGUGCCAACGAUCCUCAGGCUGAAUUAAUUGAGCCAGCUGUGAAGGGAACACUUAACGUUCUUAGAUCAUGUGCUAAAGUUUCAUCUGUUAAAAGGGUGGUUAUAACAUCCUCAAUGGCAGCGGUUGUAUACAAUGGAAAACCCCAUACUCCUGAUGUGUUAGUUGAUGAGACUUGGUUUUCAGAUCCAGCUUUUUGUGAGGAAUCGAAGCUUUGGUAUACGCUUUCAAAGACCUUGGCAGAGAAGGCUGCUUGGGAAUUUUCCAAAGAAAAUGGAAUUGACAUGAUAGCAAUGCAUCCUGGGUGGGUGAGUGGUCCCCUUUUACAGCCAACUAUCAAUACAAGUUUGAAGCCAUUUCUCAAACUUGCGAAAGGAGAACCAGACUAUAAGUCAACUAACGCAACUGCUCAGGAGCUUCCCCGCACACAAAUGACGGAUAUUGUCUUAACUUCUAACACUCUCAAAGAAGAGAGUAAACGCUCUAUAUCGAUUAGAGACGGGAUGGUCCCUCCAACCUCCAGGAGGAGGAAUAUGGGAGACAACUAUUAUGAACAAACAGUCCAAUAUCAUAUACCUACACUAAAACUAAAUAAACAGACAAACCCACAAAACAAAAAACCAACAAAAAACAACCAAACCAUGAGCACGACAUGAAACUUCGACGGCACACCCUCUACAGGCAAUCGACAUUACGAGCACUAACGGUACGAGCACCCAGCUUACUUAUGAACCACAACAACCUCCACAGUGAAGGUCAGCCUUAUGACCACCGACCAUAACAUCGCCCCCGCCGCUCUCAGCUCUUUACCUCAGAUAGUGACCGCUCAAUAGCUCAACACCUCACCAUGGACUUCACAUGAAAACAACCAGAACAACAAAACAAGAUAAACCACGGCGUAGAGGCCGUGCAAAGCACAGAACACGGAACAACCAACAACGGCGACACAGAACACAAAAGCCAACCGUGCAAGACACACAAACCAGCGACACCAACAAACAGCGGCAGAGACCAUGCAAAGCAGAAAUGCAGGACGUUGAAAAAAUGGAAAAAUAGGACAUAAACAGCUAGCAAAUAGAGGCAGUGCCAAACGCAACCUAACUUUGGAAGGAAAACCGCUGCUUGGAAACUAAACAACCGAAGUCUAAGAAUCCAAAAAAGCUGAGAACCUCGUCUGCAGGUGGCCCUUUGGUGGCGUGUGGCAACAACACACCGCAGACAGUCGAGACUUUGUCCCGUGCGUGUGGCCAACACCUCACUCCGUUUGUCACCACGUUCGAUGAGCAUGUAGAUCGGCGGCUGACCAACAUCCUAAAGGAGCGCAUGUUGACAGUCGGCGGCUGGACAGUCUGGGGUGGCUUCCUCCAUUAUUGGCCUAAAAAAAACUAGUAAAGAAAAAGGAAAAAACCACAAACAGAGAGAAGGGAGGGGAGUGGGAGACGAGGCUCCCACCCCCCCCCCCCCGGGGUCGCGCAGCUCUGGGUUAGGGAAGGUUAGAGAGCUUUCAGAGAGAAACGAUUACAGAGAGGCAAGAGGGUUUUCGGUUUCUUUUCUUUACUUUUGAAAUAUAAUUACACAAUACUUCAUUUUUUUU